AUGCUGGGGUUAUCGGCCAAACAUGGAUGCUUUGUAGUCUUGGGCAAUGCGGUUGCAUCAGUCCUUGUGAUGAGACUUGUAGGCUUUAACUCACAGAGUGCACUUUUCACUGGAGAAGUGACCAAACUGAGUUUUUUACUCCUCGCAGUGUUUUCAAUUCGUCAGUUGAUCUUCAGAGAUGCAAAAGCUUCUGUAGAACUGAAAAGCCGAAGCAUUGAGCUUGAUGCAGUUUCGUCGCUAUUGCGUGGUUUCUGCGAUGCUGUCGUAGAGGUGGAUCAAUCUUUACGCAUCACCGAAAACUCACACCAACUUCUUACAAUCCUCCUCCGAUCUAGCAAUCAGGCAUGCUUGGCAGGGAAGGAUUUUGUUGAGCUCUUCUGCAUCGAUGACCAACCGCGGGUGCAUGAGUGCCUGACAAAUGUGAGUGACACACACACACACUCAUGCGGUCAACUCCCGGCUUUUGGACACCGAUGGAAACUACGUAAAGGUGGAACUUUUGCACAUUCGAUUCGUCACGGCAGGAGGUGA